ACUAUGACGACAGAUCUAUUAAAGCUUUUAAACUGAAGUGACUCGGGCCAGAUUAUGAGCGCAGGUGUUGUUUAACAGCCUGCCACGCAGUAUGUGGGACAACAGGAUGGAGACAUAACAACGAAACAACCCGACAAGAUAGUGAUUUCAUCAACUCAUCGACGGAAAGUCACUGUUCAAGCAAUUGGAAAUAAUGACUGAGGUAGUUUCAACCAAAUCUCAGGAGGAGUAUGAAGAUGACUUUGAAAAGGAUCUUGACUGGCUAAUCAGUGAGGAGGGCCUUAGUGAAGAGCAGGGCUCUGACUAUGAGGACAUAGAUGCAGAAAUAGACAAAGAGCUAAAGGAAUAUGAGAAACCAGGAGAAGAGAAAAGAAAUGAAAACAGGGGCCAAAAACCAGACCCCGUGAUAGAGGAUGAAGAGAGGUGGCCCUCUCCUAUGGAGCCAUUAGAGUACGACAUAGACCAGGAGAGUGCAAGUAAAUCAUCCCCUGUGGUACCACCUCCUCCUGAGACAGAUGAGCAGACAUAUGAGGAAAAGAAGUACAUCUUGGAGAAAAUCCAGCAAGCAAACAAGGAGCUGCAGGAACAGGAAACGCCAGAUAUAACCAGACGGAGGCGGCUUCAUUUCAAAGAGACUUUGGUAGACCUGGUUGUGCCCCCACUCCAUUUUCAGGCAGAUAGUAACAGCACUGAGAUUGAUGGUGAAAACAGCAGCAAGGACAGAGCAGAUGCAGACAUUGAGGUGUUAGGGAAGAUGUCUGAGUUAAAACUUUCUCCACGUAAUGAAAGCAAGGGAUUCAGAGGAUCUAACAGUGAGGAACUUCAGGAAACUAAGGAGAGUAAAGUGCUUGUGGAAAAAGAUGGGAAGUUUGACCUUGUUAGCAUGAAGGAUGUGGAGAAUCAGAGUGUCCUCCCUCCUAUAGCAAACAACUUAGGUAACAGUACACAGUCUUCACCACGUAUCCACCAGCAGGUUGGGAAAACCUACAGCUCAUUCUCCUCCCCUCAGCUCCGUAUCGGCUCAUCCUCCUUCCACCUGGGCAUCGAUCAACUUCGAGCCCCGCGACCCCCAACUCAGCCUAGGAUCCGACCUAGUUCAGCCAGCCACAGCCAGAGAAUAAGCCAGAGGAGAAACAGCAAGAGGCGGGUGCAGUCUGCAACGGGAACACCCUGCCAGGUCACUUAUACGCUGUCUCCACAGCAGAAAGAGCUGCUGCAGAAGAUCCAGGAGAGGAAGGAGAGGCUUGCCAGAGAGGCAGAGCAGAGGAAACUUGAGGAAGAGGAGUUAAAGAGACAGGAGAAUGAGCAAGCCUUCAAAGCGUGGUUGAUGAAGAAAAGAGAGCAGCUUCAUGAGGAAAGAAGGAUCCAACAUGCCCAGGAGAUAGAGAGGAUGAAUACUAAAAGAGACUCCUGUGACCCAGAGGAGGCCUUUAAGUUGUGGCUUCAGAGGAAACAUGAGCAGCAGCAGAAAGAGAGGCAGCUUGUGGAGCUCAGGAAACUUGAGGAGGACAGUAGUUACCUGUUGCACAGCCGCGAAGAGUGUGAACGUGCCUUCAAACUGUGGCUGAAGCAGAAACGGGUUGAAAAGCGAGCAGAGCAGCAGGCAGCCAGAGAGCACUCCCGCAGGUUGGUGCUGGAGGAGCGGCGUGCACGCCGCAUGAGGGACCUGAUGUGCACCGUCAAUGAAACCAAGCCCUUCCGGUUCAUGGAGCAGGUUGUCUACCGCUUCUGAGCUGAACAAGCCCAAGACAGCCUCCUAAUUCAUACAACGUACAGCUCCUAUCAGAAUUUAAAUUGACAUUCAAUUUAUGAUAUAUAUCUGUUUAUAAAGUAUGUAUGAAAUAUUAUUCAUGUGUUUAUUCUGUGUCUUGAUGUAUUAUUUUUAUUUAUGUGCUUUGUUAAAAUAUAUGUCUAAGAUAUAUAAACCACAGUGACCUCCUCUCAUAUAAAACAGACUUUGAGAAAGUA